UGACACGGAAGUGACGACAAACUUUCAGACGAAUGAAAAUAAUCAUUUCCUGUCAUCAUUGAAGACAUUUUCCCACCUUUCGGAAGCCUUUGCUCGGCGACAGAGUUUUAUCUUGUCUCAGAUUCUAAGAAGGAAGAAAUGACGGAAGUGGACUGUGCAGCGAAUCUCAACGAAUUCAUUAACACAGGGCGGACAGGUCGACGGAAUGCUGUGCCCGACAUACUGGACGAUAAGCUUAGCAAAGUCGGGACGGGAAAUUUAGCCUUUGAUAUGGAAAAAUUACAAUGCUCAGACGCCCCAUCAGAGUCAACGUCUAACAAUUCAUCAUCACCCUCAGCGGGUGCGGAGGGCGGAGCAGACACUGGGAACUCUCAGGGGACAUAGCAAUGUCACGAGACACUGGUGUCGGUCUCUGAGGAGAAACUCCUAUUGUGCCUAACUCAGCUGUGAUGAUCCAAGUGUUUUAGAGUACUUAAGUUCUGACUUAAUUCAGGUUGAAGUCCACCCCUUGUUGGCACAUAUAGUUGUUCAGCAGAGGAACUAUUGCAAUGGCCCUGUUAUGGAGAUCUUCUGCAGCGGAGAUUUGUUUUCUAGCUAUCUUGCUAGGGCAGGAGACUGGUGAAAAGUGAGAAUGUGGAAACUAAAAACAUUGCUGGCACCCUCGUGGAAUUGUGCCCCUUUUUGUUUAGUUAAUAGGACUGCGUUUCCAUGGAAAUAGAGGAGCAGCCUGCAGGUUUGGCACAUCAUUGCACAUGGCUUUUAGUUGAUUACUGUGUAACAUGUGGGAGCCAAGUAUAAUGCACAGUACAAUGAUAAACAAGUAGGAGCCUACCUUGAUAGGUUGGGCCUUGGAUUGGAGAAUAUAUUAACACAGGAACUACAGACUGGUUAUCUGAGUCUGAAUGUUGACCAUCAAAGGUCAGUGUUCAGAGGUCAGUUAUUCAAGUCGAUCAGUUAUGUGUGGAGAAAAGUGCCGCCAUCUCCACAAGUUUUAUCACUUAAGGGAGAUAAUCCAGUGCUUUGGAUUGGUGCCAACAUGCUGUUGUUUUUAAACAUGCUUUUUCAUGAUUGUCUCCCAUUAUUAACUGAGUUUGUCUUUAUUACUAUAAAAUAUCUCAAGGUGAAUCUACGAAGAAAAAAGUUGAAGUGGAAAUAAACUUUUUUUUGUAAAUUUGUAUGUAACUUACGGCAGAUACUGUUUCUACAGAUACAGCCUAAGGAACAUGAUGGUCUUGUUUUAUGCACCGGAUGAGUUGUACAUGUAAUUUAUGGUUUUCCCCAUUUGAAUAGUCAAUCAUUAAAUGUGCAUGUAGUUUAUUUUUUUACAUUGCUCGGCUUUGAUGUCUUGCCUCAUGUUGUCAUGCUAAUGUGUAAACCCAUCAUGUAUGACAACAUUUUUUCACAUUUUCUGUUCAUUAAAAUGUCAGUGAAUGUUUUCAGCUUAAAGUACUUACAAGGAAAAUGUGUAUUUUGCAGCCAAAAGCAGCAUUCUCCUAAAUAUGCAGAAAAAGACUUGAACAAAAUUUAUUUUCAGUACACCUGCUUGUAUGCUGUAAUAUUUUUCAACCUGCAGAACCUAUUCCUCAAAUGGACUGAUUCAGAUGUGUUUUGUUACACCAUGGAAAAGGCCACUGGGCUAGUCCACUCUGGUGUAAAAGGUGGUUACUUGUGUAUCCCCCACCCUCAUGAAAUGUACAGCAUUUGACCUAAAUUUUAACUUUUUCUUCUGUUCUUGAGUGAUUUUCCACCAUAUAGAUCCAAUUAAGAAUUUUUUUUUGUGAAGUUCACUCUUGGCAAAAAAUUUAAUCUUGUCAUCCAAAGGUUCAUUUUAAGGACUUUAUGUUCAUCUGAAAUUUGAACAUACCUAAUUGUUGGUGAAAUACAGUAAUUUUAAAGAAUGACUAAUAUAUGUUUGUACAAAUUUGUACAUUUCUGUUAUUUUGUUUUCUUUAAUUAAAGGGAAAAGAAUUGUCAA